AUGGAUGAGGAGGAUAUUAGGAAUCUUACGCCCGAGAUCAAGGCCGAGCGUAUCAAAGGCAGCAAAUGGGUGUUCGUUUCUGAGCAUGCGUUUGUGAUGACUAUUUGGUCGUUGAAGGCGUGCAUGAUCAUACUAUAUCGUCGCAUAAUGGAGGGUUUGCGCCAACAACGUCUGGUGAAGUACCUGACCAUCUGGGUCGCUCUUGGAUUUGUCGGUUCCGAGUUGGCUCUCUUCUUGAUAUGCCGACCGCUGCCGAACUAUUGGGCCGUUCCCACGCCAGACUACCAAUGUUCCUCCUACCAAUAUUAUGAGAUCAUCCAGGGCAUCCUCGCCAUUUCGUCCGAUGUUCUCAUGCUCGUUAUCGCUAUCCCCCUCCUCAUGGCCGUUCGACUACCCCAGAGACAAAAGUUGAUCCUCGUCUUUAUCUUUGGACUAGGAAUCUUCAUUAUCAUCUCAGCCGUCCUGACCAAGAUAUACUGCCUGGUCCCCUCCUUGAUCUCCUAUGUGUACCUCAACUGGUACUUCAGAGAAGCCACAGUCGCCAUGCUUGUCACCUGCCUACCCAUGACAUGGUCCUUAUUGAGGGAUAUAUUCCCAGCGCUGAAGAGUUGGACUGGUGGAUCACGACAAUACGGCUCAGGGAAGAAUGCGACGACGCGCGGACGAACAAAUUCACGCCCACUCCAAACGAAGGAUCAUAUGCAGCUGAGUUCCGUCAGCCGAAUGCAGUCAGCUCAUGCUCAUGGCCCGGACACCGAAAGCAUGACUGGAUCGAGCACCGGAUAUCCUGUACCUCACAACCGCAACAGCCGGUACUAUGAUCAAACAGACACAGAGCCAUUGAAGUCAAUUCACGUUCGACAGGAUGUCACCGUUACCGUACAAGACGAACGGGACAGUGAAGAAACGCUGUCAAGCACUUAUCAAAGACAGCAGCGAAAAGCUGCUGGUUGGGAUAUGGCCUAA